UUAUUAUUAUUAUUAUUAUUAUUGUUGUAUUUGUAGGUGAAAAUGAAUUAGGGCUUUGUACUCGUAUCUUCUUUGAUCCAGCAGAUGAGGAUGAAAAGGAUCCAGGUGUUUUUAUUACUGAAAUUGCUGAAGGGGGUGCAGCCCACAAACUUGGAUGUAUCCAUUUAUUUGACCAGAUUAUUAAAAUAGGUGAAACCAAUCUAAUUGGAUUAGAUGAAGAAGAAAUCUUCUCUACUUUUAAAAAAAUGGAAAAUUGUGUUUUCCGGAUUGAAAUUGGACGAGAGCCACCUGAAGUCAAGACAGAACUCAUCAUACUCCUUGAAUUGUCAGAGGAAAGGAAGAAAUUUUUUACAGAUUCAGUCAUAGUUCAGGAAAAAGUUGGAGAUAUCAAAAUUGUGAAAGGAAAAGCAAGAAAUUCUAAAACUCCGAAAAUAUCAUGGCUCUGGAUCACCUGAGAACUGGAAUUAAAAAAUGAAGAGAUGGAAUUGAAAAGAAUAAUAGAAGAAGAAGGUCAGAAAUAUAAAAAAGACCUCAAGGAAAUUGAUGAAAGGACUAACAACUUGAUAGAGAAACUUAAAAAAUAUGUGAACAUAUCUGAAGUGAAUAUCGGAAAUCAGCCUGAGGAGACAGUAAAAGAAGAUAUAACAACAGGGCAAUUAUUGGCCGCAGAGGAUAUCAGUUUAGAUAUCACAAUUAAAAAAGAACCAGUAGAAGAAUUAGUAGAAGAGGAGAUCAGCAGUGGCAAACCUGCAAUGGGAAAAGCUAUAAUGCAGUUUUCCUGGUUUUGCAAUGUCCAAGGAUACAAUUGGAGGAACUUCUUUUGUUUUAAAAAACAUGAUAAACAAGUAAAGAAUGUGCGCAAGCAGGAAGAAACUGACCUAAAGCUGCUGGUGUCUGACUGGACAGAAACUCAAGUUGGCCAUUGGUUAAAGAGUAUUGGAAUGAAAAAAUAUAUCCUGAAAUUUGAUUAUAAAAGAAUAAGAGGUCAAGAACUUCUUGAAUUAGACAAUGAUGCAUUAAAAUGCAUUGGCAUCACUAAGAAGAGAGAUCGCAAGAAAAUCCUUAAGGGAAUUAAGAAAAUUCAACAGACAGAAAAAAAUUAAUACAAUCUAACAAUUAAAUAUAUCAAAAAGAUAAUUCUGGAAGAUACAGCAAAAAUGAGAAAAAUAUAAUUACAUGAUAUUUACCUUUACUCUACUACUUCAACAUAUUAUUGAAACCUUCUGAUUCUUCUGCCAUGAAUCUAGCACACAUUUACUGAGGAGCAGUGAUGGAUGGAAUGACCAUAUAAGCCAAGAGAUUUUGGUGGACCACUGAUCAAGGUGUUCCAAAGAUGAUCAUUCAUUCACUCAUUUCUGCCUUAGCCUGAGAAAGAGCAUCCUGUUUGUUGCACUCUGGAUUCCUUUUUUAUCUUUGGACCUAGGCUUUUCAGCCUUUGUCUACCAAUUCUUAUGUUGUGUAUACCUUAGAGAAUAAUUACCAUGAUGUAUAUCCCCAAUUAAUUCACUAUGCAAUUUUGAAAAUAAAAACUCUGUCUGCUCUUUGAUGCCUACCUUCCAUUAGGAGAGAAAGUUGAUUUACCCCAAUCCACAUAGAAUUGGGUCAGAAAAAAGAAUAUCAACGUUUGUUGCCCAAAUAACAAAAAUCAAUCAGUAGAAUUAUAAUCAUAGAAAAAGAAAAAAAGAGCUGCAAUCUCA